AUGGCAAAGACAUUGCCUCUCAGAUGAUUUAAAUUUGUCUUAUUUUUCCAAGAGUCGAUUAGAAAUUUCAUUUGUUUUUAUUUUUGGGUAAACAACCUUUGUUCAACCAAACAGCAUGCAACAGAAUUGCAUAGCCUACUAAAAACUGAAGCCAAAAAAUCAGGGAGAAACAUCGUCACAAAACUCUACUUCAGAAGCAUCAUAGCAUCAUGCACUGAAGGAGAAGAAAAGUGGUGCUCGGGCUAA